AUGUCCCCUCCUCUCACUCUUGUCACAAGUCUGAUUGACGAGGUUACAAAUUCUUGGAAUUUCAAUCUUUUGAUUGAGCUCUUUCCAACAUCUGUGGUUAAGGAAAUUAAAAAGAUCAAUUUUUUUCCGAAUUUCCAACCUAAUCUUCUCUUCUGGGCUCCGUCCAAGUCAGGGAAGUUCACUACGAAGAGUUUGCGCCUUUCCCCUUUUAGAAAUGAGUCUGUUAAGCAUUGGCUGGCCAUGAUUUUGAAAAAAAAUGGCCCGUUUUUCCUAUCUAAUUAUGUGAGGGAUGAGUUUAUUAUUUAUAUGGCAGUUAUCUUUGAUCUUAUUUCGAAGAAUCGAAAUUCUAUUGCUCAUAAUUCUCCAUCUCAUGAUGUGCAGGAACUCUCAAAACUUGUCUCCUCUUCUGCUUCCUCUCAUUGGAAAAGUCAACUAAAAAAGAGAGUCCGUUCGACAUCUAAUCCAUCCCAAACAUGGAAAAGACCUCCUUGUGGUUGGAUUAAAAUUAAUACUGAUUGUAGCUUCUCCAAUGGCACAACCUAUACCUCUGUUCUUGUUCGCAAUGAGAACGGAUCGAUCAUUUUUGCUCACUCCAUGAAGCAUGAUUGCCAAGACCCCCUUGAUGCUGAAUCAUUGGCCAUUAAAGAAGCCUGUCAAUUUGUUAACAGUGCCAAGAUCGAGAAUGUUAUUUUCGAAGCAGACUCACUCAAUGUUAUGACUUUCAUCAAUGAUCCCUCUCACAACUCUCACUGGACUGCAAAGGUUAAUGUUGAAGCUAUCAAGCGUUUUUGGUUUCUUUGGCCUACAUGGAAGUUUAGAUACUCGUCUCGUAAUUCAAAUUUUGCAGCUCAUUAUUUGGCCAAAUGGGCAUCAAAUAUUGAUUGGAGGGGUGUUGUCCCUCCAAAAGAUCUUCCUAUUAUGUGUUUUUGCGAUGGUGGCUCGCCCAUCAUUGAUGUUUGUAAUUUUUCGUUCUAUUGAAGUUUCUCAUUUUAUCGAU